AAUUGGAAAACCUAGGUAGGCCAAUGAAUGGCGUUUUCUUCAACUUCAACUUCAUCUUCUUCUUCUUCCUCCACUUUCGUUUCCCAAGAAGAAUUCAAUUUAUUCCACAAAAUCGACAGAGAACUGUACGCCAUUCUCGCCGUCAAAAUCCGGCGAGAUCCAAUGGAGGCUCUCCAAAUAAUGGCCUUUUGGCUCUGGUUGGAGCGAGCCGGCUUCCGCCACAUCGUCUUCCGAAUGCUGCGUUUGCCCCUUCUCCUCAUCAAUGAACUCGCCGACGAGGCCGCCGCCGCCCUCGCCGCCCUCUCCUCCGACCGCCCGCCGCCAUUCUCCGACCUCACUCUCACACGCAACUUCUUGGAGAGAGAAAUCUCCCUCCGCUUCCUCUACGCCAACCGCCAAAUCGCCGUCCAAGGAAUCGACAAACUUCGAAACGACGUCUGUUUUAGAGCCUUUCAAGAUAUCAUGGACACAGCCUUGAGUCACAACAUAAAAGUCUCCGCCGCCUCCACCCCCGCCGUUCCUCCGUGGCUGCCGCCUUCAACCACCACUCCUCCCGCCGGGACAUUCGACGACGGCGGCGAUCCACAACUGCAGGCGGCGGCGGUGGCGGUGACGCCGGAGGAAAGGGCGAUGUUCGUGACGUUCUCAAAAGGGUACCCGGUGCACGAGUGGGAGGUUCGGGAGUUCUUCACCGGAAGCCAUGGCGACUGCAUUGAGACGUUUCAGAUGCAAGAAGUGGCGGAGCCGAGCGAGCAGGCGCUGUUCGCUCGGAUAGUUUUCCGAUCAGCCGCCACCAUCGACAACAUUCUUGGCGGGCAUCAAAGAGUCAAGUUCACCAUCAAUGGAAAACAUAUAUGGGCUCGGAAAUUCAUUCCGAAGAAAAUACAGCAGCCGCCGUCGCCGUCGCCGCCGCCGCCGUCUGCGGUGGUUUAGUGUCUAAACCCUUGAGGAAGAUAAUGAGUCUGAAUUUGUGUGUAUUUUCAAAUUUGGAAGGUGAUGGAGCAUCGUUUGUAUUUGAGGAAAAAGUUAAAAAUGAGAGAUUUUUA